AUGGCUUUCAAAGCCAUCUAUAACAUGUUGGUAGAGUUAUCACAGGAGACUGGCUCUUCUGAGGGAAGAAUGCCAUGGUCCAGGGCUCACAUUUGGCAGAUUUUUGCAGUGAACCUGGACAAGCUGCCUAAUGUGGCAGCCACCAGAAGUUCCAGAUUGCAGUACUGCGACGAGACUGCUCCCAUAACUUCGGAUCCGCACAGCCUGUUUCCUGGUCCUCAGAAGAAGACAGACCAUGUCCCAAGAGACAUUGGCAUUUGGUGUCCCAGACAUUUAAAAACGUCUGGAGAGCAUGGCUACAAAUUUCUGGGGGUUGACCAGUGUGCACAUCUGUGCCCCAAUAUGUAUUUCACAAGCGACGAGCUUGAGUUUGCAAAAAGUUUUAUCAGGAUCGUUUCCAUAUUUUGCCUCUGUGCAGCACUCUUCACGGUCCUCACAUUUCUCAUCAACGUUCAAAGAUUCCGCUACCCAGAGAGGCCAAUUAUCUAUUACUCGGUCUGCUACAGCAUCGUGUCCCUCAUGUACUUUAUCGGAUUCCUGCUUGGCAACAGCACAGCCUGUAAUAAUAAGACCGACGACAAGCUGGAAACCGGAGACACGGUUGUUCUGGGCUCCCAGAAUAAGGCCUGCACCAUUCUGUUCAUGGUCCUGUAUUUCUUCACCAUGGCCGGCACUGUCUGGUGGGUGAUUCUGACUAUCACUUGGUUUUUAGCUGCAGGAAGAAAGUGGAGUUGUGAAGCCAUUGAGCAGAAAGCCGUGGGGUUCCAUGCCGUGGCAUGGGGUGUGCCAGGUUUUCUCACCAUCCUGCUGCUGGCCAUGAACAAAGUGGAAGGUGACAACAUCAGUGGAGUGUGCUUUGUUGGCCUCUACGACCUGGAUGUGUCCCGGUACUUCGUUCUCCUGCCACUUUGCCUGUGUGUGUUCGUGGGGCUCUCUCUGCUGCUGGCCGGCAUCGUCUCCUUGAACCAUGUCCGGCAAGUGAUACAGAAUGAUGGCCGGAACCAAGAGAAGCUGAAGAAAUUCAUGAUCCGCAUUGGUGUCUUCAGCGGCUUGUACCUUGUGCCCUUGGUGACACUUCUGGGAUGUUACGUCUAUGAGCAGAUGAACCGGGUCACCUGGGAGCUCACGUGGGUGUCAGGCCAUUGUUGCCAGUACCACAUCCCGUGUCCUCAUCAGACCUUGAAAGCAUUAAUGGCUGCUGAGGACAAGUACUCACAGAAAGAAGACAAGUAUGAGGAAGAGAUCAAGGCCCUUUCCAACAAACUAAAGGAGGCUGAGACUCGAGCUGAGUUUGCAGAGAGAUGGUUCCUAGUAAAGGAAACCGAAUGCCAAAGAUUUGGAUGA